AUGGCAGAAGCUGCCGGCACCGCCAUCGGGAUUAUAUCCUUUGGCCUUCAGUUAUACACGGGAUUAUCAGAAUACCUCGACGCCGUCAAGGGACGAGAAGAAGACCUCCUGCAGGCCAAAAAUAACGCAAAGACCCUGCAAUGCUCCCUGAAGGCAAUCGGAGAUGCAUUGAGUAAAGUCAACGGGAGUAGUAUGGCCCAAGAUGCUGUGGAGGAGUGCAAGAGCUCGUGUGAAUCUGAACUUCAUGCCUUGAAUAGCCUUCUGAACGACCUACUGGGAAAGCCUAUCAACUCUGCAGGUCCUAUUUGCAAAGCCAAAAGUUCAAUGCAAAAAUGGAGCUAUCCCUUCAAGAAGAAGAAUAUCGCCCGGGUUGAAGAACGAUUGAAGUCGGCAAAUAAUGUCCUUAAAACUGCCUUAUCAGCUCUGCAACUGGCCAUUUUGAACGACCAGAGUACAGCUAUUACCUCCUUGCAGCAGACAAUGAAGACCAUUCUAGUACAAGCUGAAAGGACAUCCGGAACGACUCAAUUUCCUAACACAAAAAUUGAUGAGAUUCUCGCCCAUCUACGCAACGAAGAAACUGUAAAAACGCAAGUCGCCCAGCUUGUAUCAUAUCCAAAUGACCUGCGAACACUUUGCGACGCCGUCUCGAAUGCUUCACUACGCUCAGAGCCGCGAUACCCACCGCCCAAUCGACAGACCGUAGGAUCUAACAUGCAAAGAAGGAGAGGACGGGAUUCGUGCAAUUGUGCCAAACGUCGGGAUGUUCAGCGCAGCAGAGCCCGCUUAGGCUUGAUAUCUCUUGAGACGGAGCUUCAGAAGACAACCCACCACGCGCCUGAAUGCCCUUUAUCACAAAUCGUCAGAUCGACCCAGCAGAAGCGAAGCGCCGUUGGUGUUUCUGUUCCCAGUAUUCUGAACGUCUUGACAAGCGCUGUAGGCAUCUCAAUCUCUCUCACAACUGGCGCAGGUGGUUUUAGUCUGGCUCAAAACAUCACGUGGAGUCCAACAGUAGACGAAAGUCUCUCCCCAGCCUUCAAACUCGUCCGGGCUCUUUGUGCUCUAAAGACAGGGCUUGAACCAAGUUUGAGUAGCGAGCACUACGAAAUGAUCGCCGAAUCGUGUGUCAGACGUCUUCAGUUAUGCUAUGCGAAGCAUGAAGCCUCUCCAGCAGACAUGAAUGGAGAUGGUGAAUCAGUACUUGACAUUUUCGCAUCACAACUAUCUCAUCUCCAGCCUGGACUGUCUAAAAAGCCAGGAGAUGACGUUGCGUAUGUGUUUCGUUCCCUGGCCGCUAUUGAGGUACCCGUCACCUAUGAUCGCGGUGGAGAAUUACAAUUUCUUGCACUAGUCUUAGAAAGCAAUUGGUUGCUCAAUACUAGCACGCUGCCUGACACUGUGUCAGCACUUUUAAGUCGCUGCGACGAGUCAACAAGGCAUGAUUAUGGAAGCGUGUAUGGGCUUGACAAGUACCCACGAAAGCGGAAGCUUCUGAAAGAGUUCCCCGAGAUUGCUCAAUAUCUCGGUUUUAACCCGCUUAGCGUUGCAAUUCUCCAAGAGAAUGAAGAGGAAGUCGAGUUCCUGAGUAGAAAAUAUCCAUCGUAUGGACUGGAAAUCAACUAUUGUGGACAAUCACCAGUCCAUAUAGCUGUUCUGGUAGGGAAUCUGCGUAUUUUCUCACUCUUGAUGGGACGCGUCAACCUCGAGGCCCUCAGCAUUGCGGACAGUGAACGGAGGUACCCUAUCGAUUAUGCAAUUUCCCAUCUACAUAAAAAGCCAAACCUAGGUGACCAGCAAUUAUGUAUCAGCUGCAGUAUGGUAGAGCUACUACUUGAUGCAAAAUCACCCCUGUUCGAACGAUCCUUGGAAUUAGGACUGAGAAACCCCUGUCAACGUACCAAGACGGCCGUUCUCCAGCAUCUUGCCCAAAGAAGAAAGGAGUUGGAACAGCUAGCAAUAUCUGAACUUCCCAUGGAAGACGUCCGUGGUUUCGGUCUGUGCAAAGGAUGGAUCUUGGACAGGCAUGCCUCACAGGUUCAAUGCUGCCUCGAAACUCGAUCUUGUGAUGUUCCGAAGGAUGUAAUGGUACAUCAAAAGAGUAGCUCGGCAGAAUCAAGGGCGAGCUCAAAAUCCAUAUAUGCAUAUAUCUUGGACAGAGAGACCGCUGAGUAUGCGUUGUCACUCGGUUUCGAUAAAGCGACUGCCUUCAUCGACGCUUUUCAUUCCAUAAUACGGAAGGUUAUCAGAAGAAGAUCGAUUGGUUGGCCCUCGCCAUGGUAUAUCGACUGGAUUAUCAGAGAUAGUGGCGACAUGUCGUCGGCGGUGCCGUCAGACUUUAUGCCUGGGGUUGCCCAACGAGUAACCUGGGCUCAUUAUCUUAUGGCAAUCUUGGGAUACAAAGCGAGAUACUAUCCUUACAAGCUGUACGAUAACAACCUGCCAUCUUCUGUCGCAACCGCCGCGCUUUCUGACUCCUUGUGCGAUGAUUGUCGAUGUCACUGCUCUCUGCAUGGUUGCACACCUGUCAUCAAAUUUCUAGAAGGGCUUGGUUGUCGCCGACGCUACCCGCGAACUUCCUUUACUCUGACGGAUAAUGCUAGAUCGCUACUUGCUAGCAUCCAAGAUCUAAUAGACAGGGAAGAUGAGAUACACAGCUGGAUGCCUCGUGCGAUCUUACGCUAUUCGACAUUCUGUGCAUUGGGCCUUCGCCAUACUUGCUGUAAUCUUGCAAAUGGGGGAUCAUGCGCUGAGAUGAACUCGGAUGAUAUUGACGAGAUCCACGACGAGGAUUCUGAUAUGUUGCAACUGCUGGAGGAACUUGUCUCGGAUUUUGGUGAUGGUUAUGGAAGUCUGUCUACCUUGAGUACCUUUCUACAAGAGGUUUGGCUUCCAAAGAUGGAAGAAGUAUAUCGAGACAUCAACCACCGUAAGCUAACGGAAGCGGAGCUCAAGCAAGCAGAAGAUUACGGUGUUAAAUUGGAAAGUGUCGAAGAUAAGCCAGUUCUUUGGAAUGAUCUGCCUAUUGGCUUGGAGGGCUGGAUGAGGCGCUUAGAUGACAUUGCGGCAGAUCCCGAGCGACCUGUCGUCUAG